AUGCUGAUCAUCUUCCGGUUCGUCACUGGCCUCGUGGGAUCAAGCCCUUUGGCCCUUGGUCCUGCGAGUGUAGCUGAUAUCUUCAAAACAGAAGAGCGAGGGAAGGCUCUCGCUCUCUGGAACCUUCCCGUCCUACUAGGCCCGGCCAUCGGACCUCUCGUCGGGAGCUACCUGGCGGCUGCAAUGGGCUGGAGAUGGAACUUCUGGUUUCUCGCGAUAGCGAUGGCAGCGAUUCUCGUUGCGACUGCAGCGUUCCUGAGGGAGUCUCACCUCCCAACACUUUUGAAGCGCAAUGCUCGAACCCAGAAGAAGGCGACAGAAGCCCUUGGACCUGGCAACGCGUUUGAUUCCUCCUCGCAACCUCAUCUGAAGACAUUUACGAGCGCUAUCAUUCGACCCUUCAAGUUACUCUUUUUGUCGCCAAUUGUGUUCUUUCUUUCAGUGCUUGCAGCGAUCAAUUACGGCUAUAUCUACAUCAUGUUCACAACUAUGAGCUCAACCUUUGUCGAACGUUACGAUACGUUUGACGAAAGAAACGUAGGACUUACGUACUUGGCAUUCGGGAUUGGCAACGUUUCUGGAAAUAUCGUCUUGAGCGUAAUUUCAGAUCGGAUCGUUAAGCGGGGCGCCGCGAAAUCCGGAACCACGAAGCCGGAAUACAGACUUCCCCCGCUACUUCCUGGUAGCCUUCUUGUUCCGGCCGGACUGCUCCUGUACGGGUGGACACUGGAACGUAACGUGCACUGGAUUGCACCACUGUUCGGCAUGCUCCUAAUUGGCUUUGGUACAAUCCUCAUCUUCGUUCCUGUUAAUGCGUACCUGGUAGAUGCUUUCACCGAGUACGCAGCGAGUGCCACGGCGGCGAGCACUGUGCUAAGAAGCUUGGGAGGUGGCCUACUUCCGUUAUGUGGUGGCAGGAUGUAUCAGGCAUUGGGUGAUGGUAUAGGCAACACCAUCUUGGCUGAGAACAACUGGGAAAGAAAACUCAAAUUUCCUGGUAACUGGGACUUUGAGUCUUGGUGUUGA